AUGAAUCAUAAAAGAUCAAACACUUUAGGGGACAUCCUACCCUAAUCUACUACUAGCUACGGUUGUUCUACAAGGAGAGAUUAUAAUUAUCCUACUUUAAAGAUGAUGGGAGUAGAUUGGGUUUUUUUAGAAGAAACAUCUAAAACAAUAAAUAUGAAAUACAACAGAAUGAAAAGCAAGCCUUCAUUGUGGCUACCUUCCACUUCAACUAAUGCUAAUAGUAAACAAUACUAGUAUAUUUAGCCUAGAUAUUUGAAUGCGAAAUAGAUGACUCAAAGCAAUUAUAAUACUGAAGUACGCUCAUCAAGAAGUACUUUUAAUCAAACUAAUAGGUCUCCAAUCAAUUUAAGUGAAGGCAUUUCUACAACCUGCAUUACAACUCCUAUACCAAAUAUUGAUUAAUCAUGUAGCAACUCUAUAAUGUCUCCCAUAAAGCAACAAUUACUCAGCUCAACUACAAAAUCAGGCUAUUAUUUUUAAUAAAAGAAUGAGUAGAUGACAAAAGAAUUAAAAAAAAGGAAUAGAACGGAUCCUUGCAGAAUUAAUUCGACAUUUGAUGAAAUUGGAGACAUUAAGGAAUAGGAAGAAUAUGAUUAAAUAUGGUCAAGCAUAGUUGAAAAUUCUUGUUCUGGAAUAGAAAAUCCUGUUAUUGAAGAAAAAGUUAACAACCUCCUAAAAGAAAUAGAAGAGGAAGAUUAAAUGAAAAAUGAAGAAAAGUUAAUUUUGCAAAAGUAUUUAAAGCAACAUGAAAAAAGAGAGUAAAGUGAUGAUUAGUUUAGUAAACAAAUAAUUACUGCAAACCAAGAAUUUAGUAAACUACAAUAGAUUAUUUAAAAAGAUAAAUCUUUUAAAAAUGCUUACUAGAACAAAUACAAAUUCUAUUAAAACUGCUUUUAGUUAAAAUUGUAAAAUUAGGAAGCAGCAAAUUAAGAUAUGAACGAAAAUCAAAGAUUUCAUAGCAUCGUGCAAUAAUCACCAAUCCCUCUUCAAGCUAUUUAUAAUAAGGAAAUAAAUCAAUAAAAGGAUCUAAAAUAAAUUUAUCUUAAAUAUGAGAAAGAACCUAUUGAAAUUAAAGUUCCUUCUAGUUAAGUAGUAAAAAAAUUAGUGGAUUAAAGAUGCAGAAGAAAAAAUAGAACACUUUCUAUAUAAGAUAAUAAAAAUUUAAAAGAUUAGUCAACAAAAAAUAAAGAAUAUAAUGAAAACGAUUAAUAAUUAACUGAAAUGUAUAAAGAUUAUAUCCAUGAGAAAGUAAUUUAAGGUUAUGUAGUUAGCAAUGAAUUAAAAAAUAAUCUCAAUCAAAUUACAACAAAUGAAUUAUUAAAUAAUAAUUAUAACUAUAAUUUGUAAACUUAAAAUGAUUUUCAUAAUAGAAAUAAGCAAAGCAACAAAAAGCAAAUUAGUUUCAACAACUAAAAUUAAUCUAAUUCGAAUGAGUACAAAAAAGAAAUAUCAACUAGUAAAAUUAGAAGUAAAAGUGUGCUAGAUUAAAAAAGAAAUACUAAAAUUGAUGCAAUGAAACUUCCAAAUUUGAAUGAAAAUAAAAUUAAUAGACCAUACAUUAACUCUGCAUUAAUUGAUUGCUACACUCCUAAUAUCUAGGCAAAAAGUGUAAAGUCUAAGCUCUAUGAUUCUUAUUAUAUAACACCUUAAAAAAGAAAUAAAUUGUAUCAACUAAAAUUGGAUAGCAUUAAUCUAAUAAAAGAUACACAAAGAAAUUUUUUAGAGGAGCAAAUGCUCUUUAAUUAUAAAUGA